UCUGCAGGGCUCAGUCAGUCGAGUUUCGGAUCUAGUCACUGGAGGACUGGCUUCUCAAGACUAUGGGACGGCGACAACGGAUGACGUCGUUUGUGUUUGCGUAAAAAAAAACAUCACAGAAGAGAAGAAUAGUAAUACCAACAGAACAUACCGUAGUGUUCUCUCUAAUCAAGUUUUGUGCUUGUUUCAAUGAAAAGGUUCGCGUGAGCCAUACCAGUUUCUGAUUAUUACUGCAUAAAAGUAGCCGCGCGACGUAGUGAGCUACACAAGUUCUCAAGCUUUGGGAAUUCCCAAACGAUCGCGAAGUUUAUCAGUCGCACAAGCUAAGCUGAGGCGCCAGUGUCGUCGAACCUCUGGUGAAAAAUAUUGUUUUGCGCAGAAAUGGAGAAAAGGAUAUUCAGCGGCGUGAUCGCGUUGAGUCUGAUCGCGAUUGUCUACAGUGCUCCACAGCUACCAAUCUUUCAGCAACCUCCCGGUAACAAUCCUGUAUCCAUUGGUGAUAAACCUUCGGUUUAUAAAAACAACAGCCGCAAUGGUCAGAACGGAACCAGCGAACUUUUUGGAUAUCCUGAGGAUCCGUCCGCGAUCGAGUCGAAGCAAAACGCCAGGAAUCGAACCCCGGUGUAUAUCCCAAACCGGUGUCAAAAGAACGAGAUUCUCUAUCCGGGAGAUCAGGAAAGUGAUUGGGUGUGCGAUUGCAAACCAACAUACGUGUACCAUCCACCAACCAGACAGUGUUACCAGCUGUUCACCCAGGCGUACUGCGACGAGCGAUACAUGGUCACACUGGAACCGGACGCCAAACAUCCGCAAUGUGUUGUGAAUGAUUGCUAUAAACGAAAUGAAAAUUUGGUGCCUUUCGGUAAUGAGUGUGUUCAACUGAAUGCAUAUCACAAGAAUUGUUCACACCACCAACUGAAACAGAUAGUUUCCGUUAGGGAAGAGGACAACAAAUUAGGAUGUAUCAAUAUUUCGGAUGUUCUCGAUAAGAGACCUAUGCCAAGCACAAUGGAAUUGGAUAGAACUGCAAACGCUAAUCGUGGGCCAACACAACGCUAUCGUAGACAGUAGACAGUUUAGAUGAGCCCGAUGGUUCAAAUAAAACGGCUUCAUUUUGAUACCCAAGUACAAAAA